AUGGAUGGUCAAGGAGAUGGUUCGGCAAAGGGCAGUCCGGCGAAGGGUAGUCGCAACAGAGAUUCAAGAAGAUCUCAAAGAGAUGCCACUGGCGUACCCCUCCCUCUCUCCCCGCAACCCCCAACCCGUCAGAAUCCACCAAUCACAACUACAACAACCACGGCAAACACAGCCGCCACACCCAACACCACUCCAGCUCCACAACCUCGGCGCUCACACCAACACCCCAUCCCACCACCAAUCCACCCCCCCUUCCACCCCUACACCCCCCAACUCAACCCACCCGUCUCCACACCGGAAAGUCUCCCCAACAGAAGAAACUUCCCAACCCUCGCACCCCUCCCCAUCGCCAACAUCCACCAGCCGGGACAACCUUCCUACUCUCCGCACCAAGGAGUAUUCGGUGGUGCAUCGCUAGGAGCCGGACUAGGAGCUUCCCAUGCGAUUCCCGUCGGCGGCGCUGGUGACAUGCAAGCCGGCACAUCUUCCAACGCUGGACUUCCUAACUCUAAAGGAAGAUAUACUCUCAAGAAGCGAGAGUCUAACCCCAACCGACCGGCGACUGUUUCGAAGCCGUACAUCGUCAGGCCGAAAUCCAGAUCCGGCGCCAAAUCCUCCCGAGUUUCGAAAUCCAAGAAACGCGCACAGUCCUCGGGCACAGCAACACCCGCUGCAGAGGAUUUCGAAAGAAAUAUGGAUACCGUGAUGGAGACCCUAACUGGUGUGAUGGUCGGUUUGAAUAAUAUCGGACAGGUUAUCCGUAAUGUUCAAAUUCAGGCGAGAGCGGCGGCUGCUGCUGCUGCUGGAAGAGGAGAUCUUGUACAUGGAGAGGAAGAAGACGAGGAGGAAGAUGAGGAGGAAGAAGAAGAAGAAGAAAGUAUGUUAUCUGAUUAUACUACGAUGAUUGACUUUGCUAAUAUGUUCAAGACUGAUUGA